UAUUGAUGAGUAAUCUCUUAAGGAGCCAGCUGGAUUCGCAGUCGGCUGCAGCUGAGUCUCCUUCAAUCCAUCGUCACGAUCAUGGGUUCUUCAAAAGUGCCAGCCGCUCGUCGAACGCGAUCCAAGACGGGAUGUCGAACAUGCCGUGCGCGUCACCUCAAAUGCGACGAAACCCCCGUAGCCUGCCGAAACUGCUCGUCGACUGGUCGACGGUGCGAUGGCUACGAUGCCCAGAGGUUACCUCCGAAGCUCAAAGCGGCCCUAAAGCAGCCCGAGAAUCAGUAUCUCAGUCCCAGCAGCCUGGGCACCGGCCUGGAUUGGGCAAUGACGUCCGACGAGCGGCGCUGUCUCUCCUACUUCCAGUUCCACACCGUCCCCACGCUACUGGAGUUUUUCGAUUCGGCACUAUGGCAGAAGCUUGUCCUCGAGAUGAGCCGCUCUGAGCCGCCUGUUUACCACGCCAUUGUUGCCCUCAGCGCGAUCCACCAGAAUUCCGAAGAGAAUGGGAUGCCCCUAGCGACCCCGGCUCCAAGCGCCGUAAACCCCUGGCACCAAUUCGCAGAGGAUCAGUUAGCUCGCUCAAUUAAGCUCAUCAACCAACGACGAACCUCGCAGGAUCCCCGCCUCCGAGAAGUCAUACUCGUGUGUUGUCUGCUCUUUGUUCUCGCUGAUCUGCUGCGCGGAUUCUACGAAAAUGCCUUUCUACAUCUGCAAAGCGGCCUCCGCAUCCUCAGAGACCUCCAGCUGACCGGGCCGGUAGCGAAUCCCACUUCCCGGCAAAGUCUAGUCGAGCAAUGCAUCGUCGCGGCCUUUGCUCACCUCGACAUCCUCGCCGCGCACUACGACCGCGUCUUCCCCAUCCUCCGCGCCCACGGUCAGCAUAUUGCGCACCCCCCCGCCGCCCCUACGCCAUUCCACACCCUCCCCGAAGCCCGCAUCGCAUUCGACUCCCUCCUCAGCGCAGCCUACGAAUUCAGUGCCCCCUGCAUGGGCAUGACCGAAGAACAGGUCGUGGCGAGCUACUCCGUCCUCCAAGCGCAGCAGCACGAGGUCUGGUGGCAGAUGAACCAAUUCACCCACUCCUUCCGCCCAUUCUACACAACCACCUACCACAAGCUCUCUCCGAAGGAGCAGCGCGGCGCAGAUAUCAUCAACCUGAACCUCAUCAGCCUCCCCGUGUGCCUGCAGACCUGCCUUUUAGGAAAGAAUUACGCGGCCAUGGCACACUACACCAGUGAGUUGGAGACGGUGUGCAGAUUGACGGAAGAGAUCAUGAGCAAGUUCCCGGAACGCCCAUCCUUCACCCUCGAAGCGGGCGUUCUCCCGCCCCUGUAUCUCUCUGCUAUCCUGUGUGUCGAGUACGGCGUCCGUUGGCGCGCCAUCGAGCUCCUCCGGUCCUGGCCACAUCGCGAGGGCCCCUUUGAUUCAAACUGGCUCGCGUCGCUGGCGGAAGAGGCGCUCCGGCUUGAUUUGCACGAGCGGUGUACGGCGGAGCCGGGAUUCGCGGAGAUGAGUUUCGUCGUCAACGGGGUUGGGGGACAGGUGACGGCGAGCGCGAUGCUACAGAAGCUCACGAGGAUACGAAGGCAGAAGAUUGACAUGAUGCUGCGAACCAAACGGUUGGAAAGUGCAACGCUGGACGAUCAGUGGGAUCCGCUCAAUGCGGUGGGGCCGGUCAAGGGGAUGGCGAGUUGGUCGUGCAUCAGGGCUUUCCGGGCCAGGAUGUCUAUUCCGCAUGCGUAGAGGCAUUGGGGUUCCGUUUGGCGUAGGGAAUCGAAACCGUACUCGUGAGACUGUACAUAGUUUGGUUAUAUUGAUCAAGGCGAGCGGCAUGGCAUAGCGCAUUUUAUCAGAUCUUACAGCAAAUAUCACCGUAUUUCUUAACACAUGACAUCGGGCUGAUACACCAAGGCAAAUACACAGGGACUGUUCCGUUCAUACCUUCGCGCCAGCCUAAAAAGUAUGCCCACUUGAACUCCCCAUGGACACCAUCGGGGGAUCAUUCAGGAGUACAAGUGUAUUGCGUUGGCGGAUAAGGACGGGGAGUUUUAUCUAAAGGAGGGGGCAGCCAGUGUAGACCUUAUUUUUGAUAGGUGGUAUUAUUGAUUUGGUAUAGGUGCACUUUAAUUUCUCAUGUAUGCAAGGGAAAUGGACGCUAUUGUUGGUGGUGGGUUAAAUAGGGACAGAUGGGUGGUUGAGGUAUAUCUUUCUCUUCUCUAUCUUCUAUUGCUUGCAGAGCAUAGCAUUCUUCCUGACCUCAGCCGUGAGGAUCCCGAUAAGGAGCAAGGAAUUUCUCCCACGUCGCCUCCCACGCCUGAGCCCGUCCCUCGUCAUAGAAAAAGGAGCGAAGCACC